UAUUCCCCCCUGCAGCUGUGUGUUUAGUGUAACUGUACAACCAGGAGUCCUUGGGUCUUCUACGCAAAUUGCCUUUUGCAGGUUGGGUCUUCCAUUGGUUGAAACCACAGUCAGAUUCCCCGACGAAAUUAUCUGAUUGGAAAUCAGGGAGGGGAGGAAAAGAAAGAGCAACAAGUGCGAUGCUUUUUACGCUGGUUUGCUUUUGGGACUUGAAGGAAAGGAUUUUUUUUGUGAGCCACACUAAGAUCUGAACGCCGAAAAAGAAAUAUAUUUUCAUUGGAUCUUGUUGAGUUAAUGAGGAGACAUGCCCCGAUCAUUCCUGGUGAAAAACAAACGGAGCACGUCAUUUAAUGUGCAUAGGUUGUAUGAAGAUGAGACAGGUGUCUCACCUCAGGGUACGGACUCUUCAGACAGGCCUAAGUCUGAGGGCCUGCAUUCCCUAACAGACCUCAUACCAUUAGAAAAAGAGGAGACAGAGCUUCGUCCUUUACCUAUGCAUGCAGAGCCCACCAGACUCCCUUUGGCUCCCACAAAGCCGUACUACCCAACAGAUCCUCAGAUGGAAUUCCGUACUUACUAUAAGCCGCCAUAUUCCUGGGAGCAGGUUCCUUCUCCUUAUCAGUUGGGUUUCAGCCCCACGGUGCUGCAGCAUGCCGCCAGUCUGUACAAUACGCACAUCAGUCGGAGCCCACAGCACCAGCAGCCUCUGGACUGUAGUACACACUACUCCCCAAGCUCAAACACCUACCACUGUGUCACCUGUGAUAAGGUGUUCUCAACGCCUCACGGCCUGGAGGUUCAUGUCAGGAGGUCCCACAGUGGAACGAGACCUUUUGGCUGCAGCAUCUGUAAAAAAACCUUCGGCCAUGCAGUCAGUCUCGAGCAGCACAUGAACGUCCACUCUCAGGAAAAAAGUUUCGAGUGCAAGAUGUGCGGGAAGUCAUUCAAGCGCUCCUCCACUCUGUCCACGCACCUCCUCAUUCACUCUGACACAAGGCCGUACCCGUGUCAGUUCUGCGGGAAGAGGUUUCACCAGAAGUCUGACAUGAAGAAACAUACAUAUAUUCACACAGGGGAGAAGCCCCAUAAGUGCCAAGUGUGUGGUAAAGCAUUCAGCCAGAGCUCCAACCUGAUCACCCACAGUAGGAAACACACAGGCUUCAAACCAUUUGCGUGUGACAUUUGCUCCAAAGGCUUCCAGCGCAAAGUGGACCUUCGCAGGCACCACGAGAGCCAGCACAGCAUAAAGUGACACAUCAACAGCAACCAUUUUUACAUGCUGUAUGUCCAUUCCCAGGUCUAAGAUCAGAACUUUAAGGGGGCUCAGCCCCCAAAUUAGAAUGUCGAGCACACAGUACAUUGCAAUUCAUUUAGGUACACAUUACAGUGUGACAGGAACCUAAUUAUUGUGACAUCUGAAGCACAUAUCCUAUUAUUGGGAACUCACUAACGAACACUUUGACAAAUGUAUUUUGUCCCAUAAAGCCCACAGUACUCAGGGCCCUCAGAGGCUAAGCUAAUAACCUCCAGACAUAAUUUUCAUUGCAAAUACACAUGAUAAUGUGUGUUUCAAAUCCAAAUACUGCACCACAGACUUGCGUCGUAAAAUCUGCUCUGAAACGUGAUUCAAACAAGUGAUAUGAGUGAUAACAAGUUCUGUGCUGCCAACAGAGGAGCGAUGUACAAUUAUGUGACAUGUCGCGCCAGCUGUUGCAGUGCAUUCUGGGACUGGGUAGUAUCAGAUGCGUGUGCGUUACUGUAUAUACAAAUUGGCCAAUUCAAUUGUGUAAAAAUGUAACAAAAAAACGUAUAAAUAAAAAUGCAUUGCACGUUGUGUAUUUUGCAUUCUUAGAAGACACUGUUAAGUAUUAAUAAUAAUAAAAUGGAUUGUACAACUACUGAGUUAAUAUAGUAGAAGUUAUCUGCUUUCAAGUUGUGCGUGCGUAGCUGUGUAGGAAAUGAGUUGUUGUCUUUUAGGUCCAAAAAUUAUCCCUACAUACAUGUAUGAGUUCUUUGCUAACAUAUUUAAAAUGCGUAUGGAUGUAAUGCGAGAAAAGCAAAUUAUCUUCAUGAGGUUUUCCAUGCUGUCUAUAAAAAUAAAGAACAAGCUGUAGCUGUGGUUGUUCUGUCCUAUUCCCUCCCGGGUAAAAUGCAUCUAGACUGUUAGUCUAGUAAAAUGAUGUGAUCAACUCUGUCAAUACACCUCUUCCAGCUCA